GGAGAAAUCGGCUUAACGCGGAAUGAUAUAAUAUUAUAUAUAUAUUAUUAUUAAAGGGAUUACUUUAAUAAUAUACCACAGACCUUCAACAGUUUGUAUAAAUUGUUGUGUAACGUUGUUCAAUAUAAUAUUUAUAAGGGAGUGGUUUACUAGAAGGAGUUAUUAGAAGACUACGAAUUUGUCAACACUACAAUGCGACAAACAUUCACUGAAAUAUAGGGGAAAAAACUGAUUUAUAAAAGAAAAAGACAUCGAAAGAUUAAAGGAGCAAACGUUCUUGGAUUUUCAAGACUUUGGAUAUAGUAAUUGUUGAAUUAGUGACAAUAUAUGUUUAAAUGCAUCUUUUUGUGUAGGAAAAGUUGUGAAAUAAUAAAUUGACUAAAAGAGACGAAACAAAAGUUUUAAAAUUUAUUUUGGAAAAAAAAUUGCCUGUCAACCAUGGUAUUUUCUUCUCGGAAGCUAUUUUGUAACGCAGGUUUGCCUGAAAUGAGACUCCCUUCGAUUUCAGAAUCGUCCUCUGGCUCGCAGACAUCAUCCACUUCUCCAAGGUCAUUAAAGACGUCUAGGACACGAGAAGAUGAAAAUCCUUUUAGAAGAAACUCUCGUCGUAUAUCGAUCUCGUCGUCCACCUCAUCUUUAUCCAGCUCAAACGACUCAUCAUCGACAUUAAAACCUCCUGCACUCUCUCCAAAACAAAGACGUACAUCUUUCGAUCAGAGUAGGAGAAGUAAUUCAAUAGACCUCACCACAUCAGAGGAAAUUAUGAAGAAACUACAGAAGCGUAGGCAAAGUUCUGUUCUUAACAUUAUGCCCGACGGUAGAAAAGCUUCGUUUGGCUCUAUCGGAGCACGUGUUACAACAAUUCUUAAAGCCAAAAACGCAUUUGCUUUGCUUGCAAAAAAGCGGCACAAUGUUAAAGAUGACACUGAAGAGCAUGAUAAAGAAUACGAAAUUGAGGAACUACCCAAAGAACCGAGAUUCGCUUCAACCUUAUCUGCUGAAGCUCAGUACGCCAUGAUGAAAGGAUAUGAAGAUGUUGUUUACAGCAAUUUAUGCCGACAUUAUCCGGAAUACCGACCUAUGCUUCGACGAAACCAAACCCCACAUACAGGAAUUAUUGUGAAGUCAAUGAGACAAAAGUUCGGCGAUAAAUAUGUGUUUGACGCAACGAAAACAAGCGAAGGUAUUGUUAAAGUUAAUGGUAGCGUGGACAGCAAAGCUGUUGAUUCUGUAGAUUCAAGAGACACUGAUGGACCUGUGUCUGCAUCCACACCAAAGUCAGAUGACAUUUUGUCUCCUCGACAAACAAUGAAUACUUCGUCUGAUCCCGAAUUAAAGGAAAAUAACGAAUCACAACGCACGACAAAAAAGGUAUCGUCAUUUCCAAAAGGCGCUAGAAACUCAAUGGUUGACGGUAUGAAAACGGCCGAGGAAGAAAAAGAUACGAAGAAAAAACUUGUUAUGACAUAUAGGUAUCAACGUGCAAUGGAUAUCCUCGACAGUUUGCGGGAACAUCAAGGGGUGCACGCUUUGUCGCCAAGAAAGAGGGACGAUCGGCGCAUCGAACCUUUGAAAGACUAUAACUCUUGGUCGCAUGUUUGGACACGUGAAUUCGAGCCAAAACGUUCUAUGGAAAUCGCCUAGGAAAAUGCAUAAUUAAACAUUCUAGAAUAGAAUGAAAGACAUAUUAAUUGCAAUAUUAAGAAAAAUGCAUUUAGUAGAUGCAAAGACGAGGUCAUCAAAAAUGUGUAUCUUUAUCUAUUUUAUAAAUCAUAUUAUUUAUAGCAUAUUCGUAUUGUAAAAAAAAAAAACGUCUUCACUUUCUGCUUUGAUUUAAACAUCUACAUUUUAAUAAUGAAUAACUUUGUGAUCACACGUUAUUCAACUCCAGUGUAAUGUUUAAAGUAUUGGAUCGUUAUUUAUGUAGUAUACGCAUGACCAUGUAAUAUUACCUUAUAGUUUGUAUAUGUUUCAAAUUUAUUAAAUAUUUAUUCUAUGUUUGCUGUGUAACAUUAACAUUGCUAUUGUACAUCAUUAUAUUUAAACAUAUGUAUAUACAUUAUUUAUAUCACAUUAAAUACUUCUGC